ACCCCCCCUGCGGGCACAACACGGCCGCCAGCGCUGUCGGAUGAUCGUCAGAUCGGGAUGGCCGCAAGGUUAGCGCUGUGCAGGAUCUGCGCUCCUUUUUUCGGGAGAAACCAGCAUCUUGCUGCGAGGAGUAUCAGUACAACAUCCAGCAGAAAUGCCCAGUUUUGCAACUCGGCUGAGGAGGCGAUCAAGGAAAUCAAGAGCGGUUCCAAGCUGCUUGUAGGAGGAUUUGGUCUCUGUGGGAUCCCUGAAAACUUGAUAUCCGCACUCUCAAAGACGGGUGUGAAGGACCUUGUUGUUGUCAGCAACAAUGCUGGUGUGGACGGCUUUGGCCUCGGGAUACUCCUCAACACACGACAGGUGAAGCGGAUGAUCUCGUCGUAUGUGGGCGAAAAUGCCGAGUUUGAGCGACAGUAUCUGUCGGGCGAACUAGAACUGGAAUUUGUGCCGCAGGGAACGCUGGCUGAGAGGCUUCGUGCUGGUGGAGCCGGCAUACCAGCUUUCUUCACACCCACCGCCUAUGGCACACUGAUUCACAAAGGUGGAGCCCCCAUCAGAUACGACUCUAAUGGCAAUGUUGCCAUCAAGAGUGAACUGAGGAAGCACCAGGUAUUCAACGGCAAGAACUACAUCAUGGAAGAAGCCAUCACAGGUGAUUUCGCUCUCGUUAAGGCAUGGAAAGCAGACAAGGCUGGUAACAUAGUCUUUAGGAAAACAGCAUCGAAUUUCAAUCCAGUUAUGUGCAAAGCGGCAAAGUACACAAUAGCUGAAGUGGAAGAGAUUGUCGAGAUUGGUGCAUUGCCUCCCGACCACAUCCACAUUCCAAGCAUCUAUGUAGAUGCCGUGUAUAAAGGAAAGAGCUUUGAGAAGAGGAUUGAGAAAAGGAAGCUCAGGGAAAAGGCUGGCGCUGGUGCUGGUGCAAAAGAUGACCUGAGAAGCCGCAUUAUCCGAAGGGCAGCGUUAGAAUUCCAGGACGGCAUGUAUGUCAACCUUGGCAUUGGUAUCCCCGUGCUUGCAAGCAACUACAUUCCCAAAGGAGUUCACGUGGUGCUUCACAGUGAAAAUGGAAUCCUUGGAGUCGGUCCAUACCCCACAGAGGAAGAGGUGGACCCCGACUUGAUUAACGCAGGCAAGGAGACGGUCACCGCACUGCCCGGCGCUUCCUACUUCGGCAGCGAUGAGUCGUUUGCUAUGAUUAGAGGAGGCCACAUUGACCUUACAAUGCUUGGUGCCAUGGAGGUAUCACAAUAUGGGGACCUUGCUAACUGGAUGAUUCCGGGCAAGAUGGUGAAGGGCAUGGGAGGUGCCAUGGACUUGGUGUCCAGCAAGGCAGCUGGCACCAGAAUUGUCGUCACCAUGGAACACUCGGCAAAAGGGAACAAGCCUAAGAUCAAGAAGGAAUGCACAUUGCCGCUCACUGGAGAGCGUUGUGUUGACCUCAUCAUCACUGAGAAGUGUGUGUUUGAAGUGUGUGAAAAGAAAGGUCUGACACUUGUUGAGAUUGCAGAUGGUCUUAAGGUAGAUGACAUCACCAAUAGUACAGCCUGCCCAUUUGAGGUGUCACCAAACUUGAAGCCAAUGCAGCAGGUUGAGCUCUGAAAUUGUCCUGUGACAUGACUUUGAUUUUUGACUUCGAAGUUGAUAUUUUUGUACCUUGCAGUAUGUUGGGUCUUGUUGCAAGUGUUGGGACCCUGGUGACUAGCUGUGGUGAAUGUUGUGCCCUCUGGUGUAUAUCGUACGUAAUUUUUCGUAAUUUGACGACGUAUUUUCUUUAACGCUUUGAUGUGACUCCUAGGUUCAGUGUUUUGUUUUUUGAUGCAUUCAUCAUUUGCAAGAAAGGCUACAAUAUUUUGUUGCAUGCCUUAUCUUGCGUCGCUUUAUACGGUUCAUUGAUGCAUUUGUAGCUGUUAUUGUCGCGAGCAAGUACAAAUCUAAGUUCUUCUUCUAGUUUAUCGUGACGUUUGCAUUUGUACCAAUGUCACAACCACUGCAGUGAUGUUUCUGUGACAUGACAGUUCUGCCGAUCUGAUGAUGUUGAAGCUGAAUAAUGUAAUUAUAAUGUCUAGUCCCUUGCUUCUGUUUGUGACUUGCUUCCUUAUUUUACGUUGUGCCAAGACAUUGACAAAUUGUGUGGGCAACUAUGUUACACUUUGAUGUUUAGCAAAUAAGUUCACUUCAUUCUAUGCCACUAAAUGAUAUUUAGUAUGUAGGAAUACACUAUUAAUAAAAAACUAAGUGAAAUGUAUUUUUGCGCCAUUCACAUCUGACAGCACCAAAUGACAUCUGUGAACUGUUGCCACUUGAUUGAACAGAAAUACUUAAAUUUUUAGGCUUUGGUGUUGAUAAAGCCUGGCCACGUCCAUAAAAUAUUGAAAAUUAUGUUUAUGUUGCAUGUCGCUUAUUAAGUAUGCUGGCUUUUCUAAAAAUUAUGAGAAAAACCUUUAGAGGUUGCAUGCACCACUGAGUCAAGAUUCUCAAGAAAAUGGUGUCACAGAUAUGAGCACGACGCAAUGGACGUGGCGAUGCUAAAUGAUGAUUUUGAACUGUUUCUGCUUGGAUUUCACACACUGAAUUCAACUUUUGGGCUUCCAUGUUAAUAAAACUGACCAUGUCCAUAAUAAACGGAAUAUUAUCUUUAUGUUGAA